CGUUUGCGGUCUGCCUACUAUUCGUGUUCGCUCAUGUAUUCCAUUCGUUAUCCGAAUAUCGCGCAUUUUUUUUAAUUUACUUAUUUAACCGCACGCGAUAAUUGAACUUUAAAUAUUAUUUUAGUUACCUAUUAAGUUUAAAUUUAAAGAAAGAUUGUAACUAAUUGAUUUAUUCGUCUAAAACAAUGACAGACGUUGCGAAAAAGGUUCAAGAGUAUAAAGACUCCCUUAAACAGAAGGCUGAGCAUUUAAUCAUAAAAGGAUUUCCAGAGAAAAUAGUGAAGUUGAAUGAAUUGUUAGAGACAUCAAAUUUCCAAAAUCGGGAUCUAGCUGAUGUUCACCAGGAUUUAAACAUUCCAAUACCACCCCCAGUAGCGGCUUUGAAUGAGCCAAAUGCAAAGCGUGCACGACUGGACUCUUCAGAAGUAUCAAGUAAUACUACUAUAGAGGGCACAAAGGUGUAUGCUCUACCUAAUGGAACAGUUCCAUGCAACAAACCACUUAGUGACCUAAUACAUCUUGUUAAGCCACACAUUAGGGAGUUGGUGGAGGAUUCCAAUUUGCUAAAAAUGUGGAUCUCAUUUAUGAUUCCUAAAAUUGAAGAUGGAAAUAAUUUUGGAGUGUCAAUACAAGAGGACACACUUGCAGAGAUACAGUCUGUGGAAUCAGAGGCGGCUGCAUUUUUUGACCAAAUUUCACGGUACUUCAUUUCUAGGGCAAAGAUAGUAUCCAAAGUUGCUAAAUAUCCCCAUAUUGAUGAUUAUAGGAGAGCUGUUAGAGAAUUGGAUGAAAAAGAGUAUCUUUCACUGUGGUUGGUGAUGUGUGAGAUCCGCAACCGCUACUGUUCUCUACAUGACAUUGUCAUCAAAAACUUAGAAAAGAUUAAGAAGCCACGCUCAUCUAACGCAGAGUCGUUAUAUUAAGCAACCUUAAUCUCAUUUAGUAUUUUAGUCACAUGCAAUUGUAAGAAUAAUUCAUUGUGAAUUUAAGGGUAAUUCAAACUGUCUCCAUCUAAUUUUUUAUUCACUAGUUACGACAUUUGUAAAUAUUGACCUCAUUAAAACCAUAUCGAAUUCAGUUUGACGAUAGGCUUAUUUAUAUUUUGUACCUUGACUAAUUUGAUCAUAAUAUAUUUUCAAAUACUUAAUUAUUUAUAUAGUUUAGACAUAAAGACAUAAUAAUAUCUUGAUAAGUGGUUGUUUUACAAGUUGAUUAAAUUUCUGACUGAUUUUAACGAUGUAGUUUUGAUAGUAAUAUCUAAAGUCAUUAUACUUACCAUUAAUUUUUCAUUAUGGCCUAGCAAAGUUUAGUUUCGUAUCAGUAUGUUGUAGGAGACAGUUAUUUGUGCGGUUCACAUUUAGUUAAUGAAUAUUCAUCCAUUAUAAUUUUCUAGUGAGUAAAAAAUUGAUGUUCUGUUAUAAUUGUGGUCUCAUAACAAGCUGAGAGUCACAAUGUAUUAUAUCAUGAGACUGAAUGUUAGAAUUAUUUUUGAUUUCACCUUUACAUAAUAGGCACUAUCACACAAGCAUUUUUAUCUGGAAUUAUCAAUUCAAAUCUCGAAUUGCUAAAUGAAACUGCGGUGUGUAUGUCAUUGUAAUUUUUUAAACGCUGAUUUAAAAAGUACUUCUAUUUAGAUUGUAAUUUAAGUGAAAAAAAAAAAAUUAUUCGCGUAAUUCUUACAUUUACUUAAUAAUGUUCCCAUAACGAACCAAACAAAAAGGGGACUUGAUUUAUUAUUAAAAAAUUUUUGUUAUGAAGUGCCUAGAUAUAGAAUGAUAUCGACAAUUUCCAACUACCUUUAAAAGUGAUAAAGAUUGGCUGUUAGUCAACGUUUAAUAAAUAUGUAUCCAACUUCAAUAAAUGUUAAAAUACAUUUUUAUGAAUGUGUA